AUCGCGCAGGACCUUCCCCCAACUCCUCAACGGCAACAUAGGCAACCUCCUCCGCCACGGCGGCCAAGCCGUGCGCGACCGCGUCGAAGCCUUCAUCCGUCCCUACGUCGGUCCCCGUGAUCCCGCCGGCCAACUGGCGCGAGUCGCAGCUAUGCAAAACCACCAACUUGGGGCCUUAGACGUGGACUUUGAGCAAGUCCCAGCAUUUGACUACGCGCGUCCGGCGUUUGUGUUGGAUGAUCGGGCGGAGGAGGUGCCGAAUAAUACUCCUGGAGAUGCGUACAAGGAGCCGCCGGCUGUGCCGGAGGGGUUUGCGGGGGAUCUGGAUGAGAAUGGUGUCUAUCUGUGUCCGCGGUGUGAGGAGGAGCUGGCGACGGGGAGUGAGGAGAAGAGUCAGAUUUGGGUUGUUAAGCAGUGCGGUCAUGUCUACUGUGGCGACUGUGCGCGAGCGCGAAAUACGAAGCCAGCCCCAAAGAGCAAGAAGGCGAAAGCGGCAGCCGCGGCGGGGGCGGCUGAUGUGUUCAAGUUCUGCGUGAUCGAGGGGUGCGAUACGAAGCUGGAUGGGAAGGAUGGGAUGAUUCUGGUUUACCUCUGA